AUGACGAAUAUUAUCCUUAAGGCAUGUGCCCCGCGGUAUGUCUCAUUCGUGAAUGCCAAGUUGAACCAGCGAGAUCCCGUGGGAUCGUGCUUCGUGGCCAAAACACCAGACGCUAUUGAUGUCAAUGAAUUCUCUCCAUGUCGUAAUUCGAGCCAUGGACAACGGAAGACUGGAGUGUGCCAGGCCGGUUUUUCUGCGGCAGUAUCAAAGGAUGGGCAAAGACUCUUUAUGGGUGCGCCUGGCAGUUUCUACUGGCAAGGACGAACAAUAUCCAUUGAUCCUAGCGCAAGAUUCAACUACUAUAUGCCGAAGGAAGGACAACUGAAAGUGCAAACGUUGAACCAGAGGCCGGUUUUGAUUUCAACGCCAGAAGCUAGCCCCAAGUAUGAUGACUCCUACAUGGGUUACUCAGUUACUGUGGGAGAUUUCGCUGGUCAAGGAAUCCAGGGUGUUGCUGUUGGGGUACCACGAGGUUCGGAGUUGAGGGGAUUGGUCGUGCUUUAUACCUGGGAACUCCAGAAUAUCAAGAACAUAAGUGGCUCUCAAAUCGGAGCCUACUUUGGGUACAGUCUCGCCAGUGGCGAUAUCGAUGGUGAUGGGGCAGAUGACAUCAUAGUUGGGGCUCCCAUGUUCACCAAGCCUAGAAGUGGGGGUUAUGAGCAUGGACGAGUGUAUGUCAUCUACCAGGGAAAGAACAGAUCCUUCUCCAAGAAUCACGCCAGAACUGGUGAAGUAUCCCGCGGAAGGUUCGGUUUGGCUGUUACUUCUCUUGGCGACAUCAAUUAUGACGGUUUUGGAGAUAUAGCCGUAGGCGCACCAUACGGUGGUGAAAACGGCCGUGGUGUUGUCUUCAUCUACCAUGGCAGUGAACUCGGUAUUGGAGAAAAGCACUCGCAGGCCAUCACAGCUGAGGAGAUCAGCCCCAGUCUUUCCACGUUUGGUUUCUCUUUGUCAGGAGGAGUAGAUUUGGACAAUAACAAUUACACUGACCUGGCCGUGGGCGCGUAUAAGUCGGAUAGUGUUGUAUUCUUGAAAUCUCGUCCAGUGGUGAAAGUUAUGGCUGACGUCAAAUUCAUGGGAGACAGCAAAUUGAUCUCUCUUACUGACAAGAGGUGUCGACUCUCCAAUGGCACCGAAGUUGCGUGUGCGCAGCUUAUGUUCUGUCUUACUUACGACGGCGUCAACGUUGAUCAGCAAAUAAACUUCGAAGUAACGUUAGAUCUAGACUCCCGCCAAAAGACCAGCAAGCGAUUAUUCUUGAUGGAGAGCAGACAAACCGUGUACAAGACUCACAUUCUUCUUACUCAGGGGCAGCAAGAGUGUAAGGAGGUUAUGGUGUACCUUGAUGAGGAAGUUCGCGACAAGCUCACCCCAAUAGAAGUAAAGCUAAGCUAUGAGCUGGUCAACCAGCCAUCAGGGAACGUGGUGCCUCCAGUCCUUGACCACACUAAGAGCAUAGAACACACUGACUCGCUCAAUAUUCAGAAGAACUGUGGACCCGAUAACGUGUGUAUACCCGACCUUAGGAUGUAUGUCACAACGCCAAUAGUGAACUACGUGUUAGGGUCAGGCGAGGAUGUCCACAUAGAUGUGAAGGUAGAGAAUGGAGCUGAAGAUGCCUUUGAAGCUGCAUACUUCCUGAAAGUGCCUGCUGGAGUCACUUACUCUAGGAUGGAACGACUUGACAAAGACCUUUCUGACGCACCGCCAAUAUAUUGUUCUAUGAAGAAGAAGGGCAAUGACGGCAACAGUACCCUCAAAUGUGAUUUGGGCAACCCUAUGGCCACUGGACAAAGCGUAAACUUCCGAGUGAUUCUCGAAGUGGAUUCCCGCGUGACGACCCUCAACUUUGACAUGGAGACCAACUCAACUAACCCGGAACAAGGCACGCAGUAUGACAACGUGCGACAUCUACCGAUCGGAGUUGUAGUCAAGGCUGCCCUUUCUAUUAUUGGCACAUCAGACCCUCCAGAAUUACACUACAACGCAUCGCUAUAUGAAUCACAAAACUUGAAGGAUGAUACGAAAUUGGGACCGCAAGUUAUCCACAAGUACAAUAUCAAGAACGAGGGACCUUUCACAGUGGAUGAAGCCGAAUUAUACAUUAUGUGGCCGUACCAGACCCUAACUGGCGAGAACCUUCUAUACAUGUUAGUUCAACCACAAUGGGUCGGUGACAUGGUCUGUGACGUUGCAAGGCAUGUGAACCCUGAAAAUCUAUUUGUGCAAAACCCCUAUGCCUUCUUGCUUACGAAGGAGAAUGAAGCUAUGAUGAGCAGCGAGUUCUACUCGGCUUCACAAGUUGGUGGUACCGGAACUUACUAUGGACAAAAAUACUGGGAACAAUUUGCAAGUCAGGGUGGCGGUCAACAAGAAGGUCAGGUCACUGGUGACCAAUUUAGUCAAAGUGGGGGACAUGUUAGUCAAAAUGGAGGACAAUUUAGUCAAGGGGGCUCCCAACAUAGCCAAACGCACUUUAGUCAAUCUGGUGUUCAAAAUGGCGGUCAAUACCAAGGCGGAAGAGUUUCAGGCGGGCAAUUUAGCACUAGCCAUACAUCAGGCGGUCAAUCUGGAAGCCAAUUCAGCACAAACCAUGCAUCUGGCGGUCAAGUCUCUGGACAAGGUACAUACAACCGCACCUGGACCGAAGAAAACCUCUCAGAAGAAGAAAAGGAAGCUAUUAGGAAAAACCUUGAAGCCAUAUCCAGAACACCUGGUCAAACAGGCAGAGGUCACAGCGAAGGCGCGGUAUAUCUAGGCGAAGGAAGAUAUAGAGACAGCGCUGGUCGAAUCUUCAGAUAUGGUGAGGGAGAGAGCCAAGGACAAAACGGCUACGAAAGAAGAGUGUACAUAAGCGGACAGCCAUUUGAAGCGGGUUACGAAAAUGAUGGACGCAUCGUGCGAGUGAAAAAUAGAACUAUAAUCUAUGACUCGAACCAUAAUAUAGUUUCCCAGACGGAGACGAGCACAGAGUAUGGAUCCCUCGGCCAUGAAGGAGAAGCUGGAAGUUCAUUUAAUUCAUACCUCAACAAACAGGGUAGUCAGGGAAGCCGGUCUAGUGCUGGUGGAUUCGUGCAUGGAGCCUGGUCUACUACAGAAACCAUUAACCCAGAGAUCAUGAAUACUGGAUCAGCCAUCAGGGGAGGUUCUGAUGUUACUGUCGUUGGAGAUGAAGACGAAGACAGACUGGAAGGUUUUGGAGUUUAUGCCGCCCAAAACAGUAACAACGAAUUCAAGGUGGGAAUGGCCGACGUCACUGGCGCUGUCAACUCCCGCCAAAGCGAGAACUACCGAGGCCAGGGAUACAACUCUGGGCAAAGUUCCCAGGGAUUCCAGGGUCAAAGCGCCCAGGGAUACCAGAGCCAAGGGAGAGGAAUCCAGGGAGGACAAGGAUACCAGACAGGAUACCAAAGUGGAAGUUACCAGAGCGGCUCCCAGGGAACUGCUGGUGGAGCACAUGCAUCCAGUGGUGGAUAUUCUUAUUCACGAUCAGGUGGCCACUCAUAUUCCUCUUCGGGUGGUAGCUUCAGCUCAUCUUCAGAACAAAGACACGAGAGCACCCGGCGCCGAAGACAAGACGAGGUGGACCCCCAAUUAAUGGAGAUGCUGAAGCGAUGUGAAGAGAAGUACAAGUGUUCAGUAGUACGGUGUCGUACAGGACGUCUGCUGAAGGGACAGGAAGUGUGGCUGGCACUGCGCGCGCGCAUCAACGCUACUGUUCUUAAUGAGAUAUCAAAGGAACAACCCGUAAAACUGUCAACCCUAACGGCGACCCGUGUAUCCCGACUGCCCAUGGUCGGUCGGCCAUUAGACCAGGGUUGGCAAACAGGAGAAGCUCAUACUAUGGUCACACCACAGUUGGAAGCCCUUUCCAGUGGUUCAAUACCAUUGUGGGUGAUCAUAUUAGCUGCUGUUGUAGGGGCAUUACUGCUGUUGCUGCUUAUCUUCGCUCUUUACAAAUGCGGCUUCUUCAAACGCAACCGCCCCUCUGACCACACCGAGCGACAGCCGUUAAACGGUCGCGACGAACACCUCUGA